AUGUCUUUGGGCAUAAAGAAACACCCAGAAUCUUCUCCAAUAAAAUCAGAACCCACCCUUAGAGAAUGUUCAAACAUGUAUAACUUAAUCACUAGUUUUGAACACUCAUAAUAGUGUAGAGCUUUUGGUUUCAAUGCAUCCAAUACUAUUUGGGUGUUGGGUUAUGGAUUUGAAAUUUUGGUUUGCUAAAAAGAGAAUGAGACCCUGCGAGUCGAUUAGAUUCUAUAAGGACACACAUCUUGUGUUACUAAUAUUCUUUAUAGUAACAAAGAAGAUAUGUUUGUUUCGACUGGAAGUUGGAAUGAUAAUGUCAUAGUUUGGACCAGAGACUUGGAUGAAAGGUGGAAUAAACAAUACCUCAUCUACAAGGAAGGGCAGACUAGAGAAUUUGAAGUCGUUUAGUUGAUACUCAACGAAAAUGAGGAUGAACUAAUUGGGGUCAUGGAUUACAAUUUUAUAAUUAUAUGGAGGAAAACACCUUAAAACUAAUGGGUUAAUAGCUAGAUUAUUCCCAUUAGUCAAAAUGAGCUUGCUCAAAUUCAUUAGGUGAGUUAUGAUAUGCAGUUUUAUAAAAUAAUCAUCAUCACAUAAAACAGUUAGGUUUAAAUUCUCGCAAAGAAUUAAUAGGAUUUGUGGAAGAAGAGACAGUCGAUCAAUCUUAAAGCCAUAAAAGGCAAGAAAUAAUACAAUAUUGACAAUGAUUCAUUGGUCAUCUAGGGAUUGAAAGGAGAAUAAUUAUUAUUUAAUUUUAAUAGAGAAAAUGAAUUGUAUGAAGAAAAUUAGAGGGGAGUAUCCUAAACUCUUAAUUAGCUUUUUGAUAUGAAUUCUUAAAUCUCAUAAAGUCAGGAAAUAUGUGCAUUGAAAAAAAACAAACUUCUAUAGAUAUUAAAAAAGGAUACAAAAAAUUUGUAUUAAUAAAUCUAGACCAUCCAAUUUGAAUAAAACUUCUUCUAUUAGUUUUCAAAGAAUGGGUAGUAUUUAAUAACGUGGGAUUAUUCCAAAUUGAUUUAAAUAUGGAAAUAUAAAAGUGAUUGA